GCAGAGCCGCUGACUUAGCGGCCCGUCAGAGAUUCACACGGGUCGGCAGCAACAAGAAGAGAGGAAAGAAGUAUCUAUACCCCCGAACUAAUAACUGGUCCAUCUGAAAUCGAAACAUGGCCUCUAAUAAUGGCUCAGUCGGCAAAUGGGAGGUGGUGAAGAAAGGGAAGAAAAGUAAUCAAGGAGGAGGAAAGUCUAACGGGGGAAGGAAAGCCCUGGGAGAGUCCAACCAACCGUCCAGACCGCCCUUGAAGAUGUCUGAGACGCUGUUCGACGGUUUUGAGAAGGUGGGAAAGAAGCAGAACAAGGAGCAGGUUCCUCCACCAGCCGAGCCUCAGAGCAAGAAGUCGUCAUCAAAUAAACCAUCUAAGAAAUCUCAGUCUAGCAAUACAGCCACAUCUACAACUUACAAAACUCUGGAGGAAGCAUUCAAAGCUCUGGAUAUUGGGGACCUGAAGCAGCAGUUGGCUCACAGUCAGUCCCUGUUCCCAGAAAACCCAUCAGUCUGGGUUAAAGACCUGGCAGGAUACCUGAACCUCAAACUGACCGCCCCAGACAACGGGCCAACACUUAGCAGCUAUUCUCACGACUAUCCAUAUUGCCUUAUAGGAAAAGAGCUGAGGGCCGUUAUCAAAGGCCUCAUUGGACGUUGCAGCAAUGUUCUGCCUGAUUUCUUUGACUACUGUGUUUACACAAUGCUCAGGGAGCUGGACAGACAGCCAGGGGCUUUUCUUCAUGGAUACAGAGUUUGUAUUCAGGCAGUGCUACAGGACAAACCUAAGAUAGCCACCCAGAACUUAUCAGAGUAUCUGGAGUUAUUGCGAUCUGUUCAGAAUCGUCCAGUGAAAUGUCUGACAAUCAUGUGGGCUUUGGGUCAAGCUGGGUUCUAUGAUCUCAGUCAGGGCUUAAGAGUGUGGCUGGGUAUUAUGCUUCCUGUGCUGGGGAUAAAGUCAUUGUCAGCAUACGCCAUCGCCUAUCUGGAGAGGCUUCUGCUACUUCAUACAAACCUAACCAAAGGAUUUGGCAUCCUGGGUCCUAAAGAGUUUUUUCCUUUGCUUGAUUUUGCUUUCAUGCCCAAGAACGCCCUGUCACCCAGUUUACAGGAGCAGCUGAGGUGUUUGUAUCCUCGACUUAAAGUCCUGGCAUUUGGAGCCAAACCAGAGAGCACGCUGCACACGUACCUGCCGUCUUUCCUGUCUAGGGCUACGCCUCACUGUCCAGACGACAUGAAGAGAGAGCUGCUCAGCAGUAUGACAGAGUGUUUGUGUGUGGAUGUUCAGAGUCUUGGAGUGUGGAGACAGCUCUACACAAAGCAUUUACCCCAGUCUAGUCUGCUGUUAAACCACUUAUUAAAGUCAUGGAACACUCUGCCACCAAAGUUGCGGAAGAACCUUGAAGAAACAAUCCAAUCUUUUAGAGUGACCAAUGAGGAAAUGAGAGACGCAAACGAAUCUCAAGACCUUCAAGACUGCAAUAGCCUGUGUCAGAAUCUCCAGGUGAAGAUGCGUGGCCACGGGUUCCCCUGGUCCAAACUGCUCUUGGUUCUGCUGGUGUUUGCUGCAGGCUUCAUUGCCCAUGACAUCAGGUCUCACGGUUCAGUCUCAGAUUCCACCACGGCCAAGUAUCUUCGCAGCUCGGGAGUCACAGCCGUGUCUCAGCAGGCCUGGGGCAAAAUAACCAUCUACACAAAGCAGGGCUUCAGCUGGUUGGAGAAAAACACUCCUUAUUAUUACUCUGAGUGUGUGCGGGUGUUGGGGCCAAUCAUGGAACAAGGUGUGGAGAAAAGCAAAGUCGCAGCUGGCGUCAUUUCUGAAAACACCUCACGGUUUAUCCUCUGGGUCAGAGAAACAACACCGCUGGUCAUCGAAUGGGUGAACACCAACACUCCAGACAGCGUGUUCCAUGCCUUGGCGUAUUUAAAAGAACUACUCAUCUCCAUCCAUCAGAACUACGUUCUCCCAGCUCUGACCUACAUAUAUCAUCUUUUACAACGAGCGUGGACCAACCUGCAGGACUCUUGCAAUGGAGAGGUGUCUGUGUCGUGUCUACAGGGACACGCCCUUUACUUCACAAACUCAACAUGGCAGCUGCUGCAGCACACAACAUCAGCCAUCAAGACAUGGGCUCAGGAGCUGCUGACGCGAGCUGGAUAACCCGACAGAAUUGGACUAAUUUACUCAUGCAAUAUAAAUACUGAGUGUGUGCGAAUAGAUGCAGUACACACACACAAACACACUCUGGCCCAACUUGAAGCUGCAUCUCAGCGCAUGGGGCUCCUCUGAAGCCAUGAUCGUCCCCUUCAGAAGGACAACCAACUCCUUCAGAAAGACUUAUGUCCUGUUUUCUUAAUAAAUUUUAUGAGCCGGUCUGCUGUUGUAUACAUGUUUCUACCAAUCUCUUUGUCACUGCUGGAUGUGGAGUUGUAGUUUUUCUCUCCCUUUUUUCUACUGCAAGUUCCAGGAGUUUCUUUACCCGUUUAGGAUCAAAUGUAAUUUAUAUAUAUACAUGAAAAAAAUCCAGGUUUGUAGACUUGUAUGCAUUUUUAUUUAAACAUGUUCUAAGGAAACCUGGUAAAGGGUCAGAAAAAUAACCCUUUAAUCGGUAAAAAUCAGGAAGACUUUAUAUCUGCUCUGUCAUGCUUUCAUCAAUGGAAAUGUGAACUGUUUUCACACUUGCAGGAUUAUUUAUUUCACCUGUGGAAAUAUGGAUAUUUAUCAGAAAACACCUACAUUUGUCCAAAACUAUUUUUAUUCUUUCAUUUCCCUCUUUUUUUUUUCUUUUUUUUUAUCAGUCCUGUCUAUACUUCAGUUCCUCAACUUCUAGUCAAAGCGAAGUCCUGAGUAACUGAAGUCUUGGCUCAUGAGCGAUUCUGUGCCGACAUCUAGUUUUACUCUGAAACAUGAGGAUAAAAGGCAACAUUUCAAUGUUUUUUCAGUAAAGGUCCUUUGUGCAGCAGAUUGGAUGACUUUGGCAGCAACCAGUGUCUUAAUUUGUGAUGAAAAUCAUUUGUAAUAAAGACUUCAAACUGAAU